AUGACUCGACCCGGUUAUUAUGAAUACUCCCUAGAAGCGCAAAAUGCUUUUGACCCGUUUGCUUUUCAAACCCCAAUGUCACAAUCACCGAGAGACGUACAACAUGACUCCGAUGAGGAGUUCGUGCAAGAAACCCAAGAACAGGAGUUAGAUGAUGAUGAUGAAGAUGUUGCGGUUGAAGAAAAUCUCGUGAACGAAAAUGUAGCCGAACCGGAAAGAAAAGCAAAAGCCAAACGGGAAACUUGGACGCCUAGACAAGACGAGGCGUUAGCAAAAGGUUUUGUUCAUUGCACUUUGAAUAAAAAGAAAGGAAAUCAACAAAAGGCGGAUGGGUUUUGGAAGAAAGUUCUAAACCACUACAAUGAAACGGUCGGAGGAAGUAACCGAACCCACCACCAAGUUCGCUCAAAAUGGAUGACGAUGCAAACAAAAAUUAACACAUUCAACGGUCUAUUUCAUCAAGCGUAUCGUUUACGUCCUAGCGGGAGUGACGAUGCUUAUGUAAUGAAACAAACGCUAAAGGAUUACAAAAGCAAAGAAAAAAUUGACUUCGCUCAUAUUGCGGCUUGGGAGGUUGUUAGAACAAAUCAAAAAUGGUCGCCGGUACCUUUGUUGAAUGAAGAAAGCUCCGGUUCGGGCCCGUCACAACGUGUCCCUUUUUUCCUUUUUGACAAGUUUGCUGCAACAGGCGGGUCCUAG